UUUUGAUGAUGUGAGUGCGCACAUUCAUCCAAGCGUUGUGUUGCUGCAAAUUACUGUUUCGUGAAGAAGAUAAAAAAAAGAAUUUAAUUCAAUUUGAUCGAUAAAUUUUGGUCAAUUUAUCAGUCGAGUUUUUCAUGCGAAGUCAAACGGUUUGAAUAUUUAGUGCUAGUUUACAUUAUUUUUUCGACGGCUGAACCUACGGAAUGUUACCCAAUGACUACGAAAUCCGAGAUUUGAAGGACCAGGACAGGCCGCUUCUUUUGGGUUUUAUAAUGCAGCAUUUUUAUCUGAAAGAAUAUCUGCUGAAGACGUACUUUGCUAAGAACGAGGACCAGAUCACGGAAAAAGACUGGCGCACCAUAAAGGAAGAUUUCGAAACAAGGCAUAAGUCUCUCGUGGCUAGUUCAUCGGGUCUCAUCGCUGUACACCUUGAGACGCAACAGAUUGCCGGUGUGCUGAUGUAUUCCAUAGUAGACAACCCAAAUUCUACAAGUACCAUUGACUGCAAUUCUCCAAACGACACGAGAAAAGAUCCACCGAAAUCAAAGUUGCUGUCAGACUUUUUCGAUCUGGUUCUGCGCGUUGCCAACAGCAGUGUAGACAUUUUCCAACGAUUCCCCGAAUUCAAAACCGCCAUGAAACUGAACAUCGUCUGCGUGGAUUCUACCCGUCGAUCUCGAGGUUUGUUCAAAGCUUUGGUGCAUUCCGCUGUCACUCUAGCCAGGGAUAGAAAAGCGCCUGUCGUCUGUGGAUUGUUCACGUCGUCAUUUACACAUGCUGCCCUCGAAAAGCAAGGAUUCGAGUAUUUGAAUAAUAUGAACAUCAUGAGUUUUCGAGACUUGCAGGGCAACGCAAUUUACGAGGGCACGUCGAAGCCGUGUGAGAUCGCGACGAUGGCACUGGUACUGUGAUGGAUAUCCGUUUUAAGAUUAUUAUCGACGUUUAUAUUAACUCUAAUAAAACAUUUUCUAUCCAAACGUCAA